CCCCCCCGGGCUCCAGCUCUGUCUGCGACGAGAGCGUUUAAAUAAAGCUUCGAGGAAAACGUGCGUCUGUUUCGGGGGUAACUUCUGCGGGUACAGAUUUUGUGGGGGGGAAAACAAAAAACAAGCGACGUCGCGUCAUAACCUGUGUAAAUAAGAGACUUAUCUUUGUAACAAUGGCAGAAAGUGACUGGGAUACCGUGACUGUCUUGAGGAAGAAGGGCCCGACUGCGUCGCAGGCGAAGUCCAAACAGGCAGUUAUAGCAGCACAGAGAAGAGGAGAGGAGCUCGAAACCACAAAGAAAUGGUCUGCAGGACAAAACAAGCAGCACGUGGUGACCAAAAACACAGCCAAGCUUGAUCGGGAGACGGAAGAACUGCACCACCAGAGGGUCUCGCUGGAGGUGGGAAAAGUCAUCCAGCAAGGCAGACAGGCCAAAGGACUGACCCAGAAAGACCUGGCCACUAAAAUCAAUGAGAAGCCUCAGAUCAUUGCGGACUAUGAAUGCGGAAAAGCCAUUCCUAACAACCAGGUCUUGGGGAAGAUUGAGCGAGCUAUUGGGAUGAAGCUGCGCGGGAAGGAUAUUGGACUACCCCUCGAGGUGGUUCCAAAGACAAAAUGAACACAAAGCCUCGAAGUCGGCCCCCUGUGCCAUCGGGGCUGAUCUCGGCUGGUUCCCACGGGAGAACCAGGGUGUUCAAGGUCAUUGCCAAGAGGAGGAAUGGUGGCUUUCAUACACAAGAUCCCAAAUUCCUGUGGUUUAAAGUGUUGGGUUUGGCAUGAAACAAGCUCCUGGAAAAGAUGUUCCUGCUUUUUUGGUUUUGGUUCAUACCUAUUACCAGAAUUUUACCACUGUUCUUUGAGUAUAUUUUUUCUUUUAAAGAAUCAUUCAAGUUCCAUCCAUUUUUAGGCAGUGCGUUUAUAGCAACUGUGAACCCUGGGUUUUCCUGGGGGUUUUUCUUCACAUACGAUACGGAGACCCUCCCAAGUUGUUGUUUGGACUUAAAUAAAGAUAAAACCCUUUGGCAUUUCACCUGCAUUUGUGGCUUUUUUUAAUUUCUGAUUUGGUGCGGCAGCCCUUUUCUUUCAGUUACUCUUAGGGGAGGUUCGCAAAGUCUCUACCUUGCCUGCUUGAACAGGGCUUUUUUAAAAAAUAUUUUACAAGCUUGUGCACAGUAUACUAUGCCAAUAUCUUAGGUGCUAAUACAUCAAAAUUGGGCACUGGUUCUCUGUUUCUCAGCAGCUGUUGUCACACAUCUGUAUGAGCUAUUUGGAAAGAGAAAAUUAAAUAUAUGAUGUGCAAGUACUGUU